AUGCAGUCAGAUGUGUCCGUUCUGGCCUGCAGUCCCCAGACAACUCCACUGCUCAUUCCCCAUUUUAUGCGAGCUCUCAAGAAAGAGCAUAACCACUUUUCUAACGGUGUUAAAGAUGGAGCUCACGAUAUUAAAACAGUCCUUCUAUCUCAAUUGGGCAACAAACCUCAUGAAUUAUUCUCAUCUUCUGUCCCGCCUGAGCAGCACAAAAUUCCUCUUGAUAGCGUUGACACAUUGCUCCGUAACAAGUCUCUUCCCGAAAACUCCACGCAUACGGACAGCGAAUUAACCGAGUUAUUUCAGUUUGUGAGUGAGCGCUCGGUAUACGACAAUGAGAAGCCGGUCGACGCUAUGUCAAAUUCCUUUUGGUUACCAAACACUUCACCCCCUGCUGUGGUUAAAGACGAGGAGCCGCAAAAACCACUUAAACUUCCUGCCGUCGACCAAAUUAUGCCAUUUUACCCAAGAUCUCCUUCACCGUCGGGAAUUCUAUUUCCUCCAUUGUCACCGAGUUCUUCGUCCAACGGGCCUGCUUAUGAACAGCCAACAGCCACGAUCUCUUCAUCCUCUCCUUUGAAUUACGUUUCUGCCAGUUUAUCUCCUUCACAGACGUUAACACCGACAUUUGUAGCAAGUGACAUAAGUUCGACACCAUCAAUAAUUCAGCCUCCUCAGGGAAAGUGUGAUAACGACCAGGCACCUUCAACUACCUUUCCCGUUCAACAACGCCAGUGGAGAUUUAUUUCCGUUCCCACGAAGCCAAACAGCGAACAGGAGCAAGUUGCUAGGACACCACCUUCGGAUCAGCGGCUUCAGCCUCCCCAAACCCCGACUCACCAACGUUUCAUCCUUCCUAACACGUCAAGACCAAGCUUCGAGGUGUCCAUCUCGAAGCAGACGAUCCUCGUCCCGGUGACUGGUGGCACUGGGGGUGGAAACUCCCUCCUCCUUCUCCCUCUCGCUGUUGCAGCGGCGUUCCAGCAAAAACAGCCGCAACCUGCUCCUUCGAGUGCGACCUCCACUGCACCGACGCCCCUUCCCUCUGGGCCAGCUGGCAACGGCGGCAACGCUAGUGGACUGACGCAGUUCCUCUUGAUUCAGACCGGAGAAGCAGGCAAAGCUGCACCUGUCAAUAUCAUUCACCCAACCAAAGGUGAUAUUGGCUUUCCAGUCAUCGCCGCGUCAACUGAGACAAGCAUUCCUACAACUCCCGCCACGACAACCGCCAGCAUCGCUCCCGCUCCCGUGGGGGUUGUACGGAAGGCAGAAGCCCCUACCCAAGUCCUGCCCGCUACUCGUGUCCCCCUGCCACCGGUAGCUGCCAAAUCCGCCGUAUCAAUUCUUCCUCCUGCGACGGAGAUUCUGCCCGCACCACUCUUCGCUAAGCCCUCCGACAAACUGCGUUCCUCUCUCACCAUCACAGACGUCACCGCCAAUUGUGGCACUCCCACGGUUAGACGGCGACACCAAUGCCCCUUCUGCACAAAGAGUUGUGAACGGAAGGAUAACCUCCAGGCUCACAUCCGAACGCAUACUGGCGAGCGUCCCUUCCCGUGUCGCUUCUGCCCGAAGGCGUUCCCACAGAAGGACCACUUGCGUGCACACAUCCGGACGCACACCGGCGAGAAGCCCUAUCGCUGCCUGCAGUGUUCCAAGGCCUUCGCUCAACUCGGCAACCUCCACCGCCACGUAAAGACUCACCGACAGUGA